GCUGGUGUCCCCUCCACAGAGUCACCUUGUCCCGGCUCCUGCUGCAGCUGUUCCGGGGACCGAGCAGAGAACCGUCCGGCUCAGCGGCACACCGGCAGCGGGAAUCUACCCUCCGACCACCGGGAGCAGACAUGGCGGACACAAAGCCGAAGACUUCCCCGAAGGCCGUGAAGUUCCUGUUCGGGGGCCUGGCCGGGAUGGGUGCCACAGUGUUUGUCCAGCCUUUGGAUCUGGUGAAGAACCGGAUGCAGCUCAGUGGUCAGGGAUCGAAGGCCCGAGAAUAUAAAACCAGUUUCCACGCUCUCUUCUCCAUCCUGAAGAACGAGGGAGUGACGGGCAUCUACACCGGUCUGUCGGCUGGUUUGUUGCGUCAGGCGACGUACACCACGACUCGUCUGGGGAUCUACACCAUCCUGUUCGAGAAGAUGACCGGAGCCGACGGGCGGCCGCCCAACUUCCUCCUCAAGGCUCUCAUCGGUAUGACAGCUGGAGCUACCGGAGCGUUUGUCGGGACGCCAGCAGAGGUCGCUCUGAUCCGGAUGACCGCUGACGGCCGUCUACCUCCGGACCAGAGGAGGGGCUAUAGCAACGUUUUCAAUGCUCUCGCUCGGAUCACCAGAGAAGAAGGCAUCGCCACGCUGUGGAGGGGGUGUGGUCCCACCAUGGCCCGAGCGGUGGUGGUGAACGCAGCCCAGCUGGCCUCCUACUCUCAGGCCAAACAGGCGCUGCUCGACUCAGGGUAUUUCGGGGACAACAUCUUCCUUCACUUCUGUGCCAGUAUGAUCAGCGGCCUCAUUACCACAGCAGCCUCCAUGCCCGUGGACAUCGUGAAGACCAGGAUUCAGAACAUGAGGAUGAUCGACGGGAAACCGGAAUACAAGAACAGUUUGGAGGUGCUGGCGCGCGUGGUGGGCAGAGAAGGUUUCUUCUCUCUGUGGAAAGGUUUCACUCCGUACUACGCUCGCCUCGGGCCGCACACCGUCCUCACCUUCAUCUUCCUGGAGCAGAUGAACCGCCUCUACAAGACCCACGUGCUCGACCGCUAACGCACAACACACACACACAACAGAGACCCACGUGCUCGACCGCUAACGCACAACACACACACACAACAGAGACCCACGUGCUCGACCGCUAACGCACAACACACAACACACAGACACACACACACACAACAGAGACCCACACACACACACAACAGAGACCCACACACAGACCUGACCUCCUCAUACCUCAAACGUGGAGUUAGAAUUUACUCAUACACACACACACACACACACAGACACACACUCUAUUUAAAUGGAAAUUCUUUUUGUAAAGAAAAGAAUGUAAACUAAAUUUAGCUCACACAUCGUUUUGUGAUGUUUAGUCAAAAUUAAGGAUGAGUCUUAUUUGUAGAAUGGUGACCCCGCCCCCUCUUAACAAUACACUCAUGCCUCAUGAUCGGUAACCAUGGUUACAGGUCUAUUGAUGGAGGAUCAAUAAAUAAAUAAACUGUCUCUUUGUCUUUGUGAAUAAAACGUUGACCUCUGAAACUUUAAA